AUGGAUAUAAAAAUAUAUUUUUUCUUAAUUUUUACAUAUGAAUUUUUGUUGGAAACUUUAAGUGCACUAAAAUUAAAUGAAGUAAAAAAGCAUUUUAAUGAUAAAUUAAAAAAUAACAACAAUAAUAAUGAAAAAUUAGAAAAAUAUAUUUUUUCGUAUCCAAGUAAGGGAGUAAAUCAUGAAAAUUUGAAAAAUAUUUUAGAUAACAUAUUAGAAUCCACCAAAUUAAAUAAUGACAUUAAUUUAAGUUCUUCAAAAAAAGAAAAAUAUCCUACUUCAAACAAUUUUUCUACAAAUGCUAUAGUAAAUAACAAAAAUGAUAAUUUUUAUUCACAAAAAAUUAAUGCUUUUGAUACAACAAAAAAUAUAUACGAUGAUAUUAAAAAAACACCAAAAAUUAGUGAUAGUAAUAUGAGUGGAAUAAAUGAAAACGAUCAGAACAAAUACAGAGGUAUUGUUGAAAAUAAUGAUGUUGUCAAGAGUUAUGAAAAUGAAGAUCAUAGGUCUAAUGAAAGUUUUUUAGAUACCUACUUUGAUAUAAAUAAUUAUAAAAAUAACAUUUUAAGUAGCGAUAAUAAUACUAUAUUAAGCAGUGAUAAAAAUAAUUUAUUAAAAAAAGAUGAUGACACCUUAUUGGGUAACACAAAUGAUAAUCUAGAUAGAGAUGUCGCAGAUAUUUAUUUAGGAGGAGAUUAUAAUAACUCAUUAAAAAAAAAUGACGAUGAGAAUAAUACAUUAAAUGAGGAUUCUGAUAUGUUAUUAGAUAGCACUGCUGAAAAUUUCAUUGAAGAUCAAGUUCACAAUUAUUUAAGUAAUGACCAAUUUAAUUUAUUAAAAAAAAAUGAUGAUACAAUAUUAAAUAGCACUAUUGGUGACCUAAAUAGAGAUACUUUAGAUAUUCAUUUAAGGGGUGGUAAUAAUAAUUUAUUAAAAAAAAAUGAUGAUGAAGAUGAUGCAUUAAAUGGGAAUUUUGAUAGAUCAUUAGAUAAUAUAGAUAACAAUUUGACUAUAAAUCUCGUUGAUAAUUCUUUAAGUAAUGAUAAAAACAACUUGUUAAAAAAAGAUGACGAUACCAUAUCAGAUAACGUAAUUGAUGAUCUGGAUAGAGAUACUGUAGACAAUUCUUUGAGAAGUUAUGAUAAUAUCAAAUUAAAAAUAAAUGAUGGUGAAGAUAACACAUUAAAUGAAGAUUCUGAUGGAUUAUUAGAUAAUAUAGAUAAUAAUUUGACUAGCGAUGUUGUUGAUAAUUCUUUAAUAAAAGAUGAUAAUGAUAUAUUAAAGAAAAAUGAUGACAUUGAUAUUGCAUUAAAUGAAGAUUCUGGUGGAUUAUUAGACAACAUAAUUAAUGAUUUGACUAACGAUAUUGUUGAUAUUUCUUUAAGAGAAGAUGAUAAUGAUACAUUAAAUGAAGAUUCUGAUGGAUUAUUAGAUAAUAUAGAUAAUGAUUUGGCUAGCGAUGUUGUUGAUAAUUCUUUAAGAGAAGAUGAUAAUGAUACAUUAAAUGAAGAUUCUGAUGGAUUAAUAGACAACAUAAUUAAUGAUUUGACUAACGAUGUUGUUGAUAAUUCUUUAAGAGAAGAUGAUAAUGAUACAUUAAGUGAAGAUUCUGAUGGAUUAUUAGACAACAUAAUUAAUGAUUUGGCUAGCGAUGUUGUUGAUAAUUCUUUAAUAGGACCUGAUAAUGGCGCAUUAAAAAAAAAUGAUGACACUAAUAUUGCAAUAAAUGAAGAUUCUAAUGAAUUAUUAGAUAACAUAGUUGAUGAUUUAACUAGAGAUGUCGUUGAUAAUUCUUUAAUAGGUGACAGUAAAGAUGAAUUAAAGAGAAAUGAUGAUAAAGAUAAUACAUUAAAUGAAGAUUCUCAUGAAUUAUUAGAUAACACAGUUGAUAAUUUAACUAGCGAUAUCGUUGAUAAUUCUUUAAGUAAUGAUACUAACAUGUUUGACAAUAUUGAUGAUAACUUUGUCAAUGAUACUGUUGAUGACUCAUUAGACCAUGAUGAUGAUGAUAUAUUAAAAAAAUCCAAUAAUACCGUAUUGCAUAACAUUAUUGAUAAUCUGGAUAAGGAUACUAUCAGUACUUCUUUAAGAAGUGAUGAUAAUAACUUACUAAAAAAAAAUGGUGAAGAAAAUUUAUUAAUAAAUGUUGGUGAUAGCACAUUAAAUAAUGAACAUGAUUUAUUAUACAAUGACCCUGAUAAUUUAUUAAAUAGUGAUCAUAAAAAUUUAUUAAAUGAAAGUGAUAAAAAUGUAUUAAGUAAUGAUGAAUAUAACCCAAUAAGCAACGAAGAUAAAUUAUUAAGAAAUGAUUAUGAUAUUAUCCUAAAUAACGAUAUAAAUAAUACAUCAAACAAAAGUUAUAAUAUUGAUAAUAGUAAUUAUGUUUAUGCUUCUAGUGAAAGGUAUGAUAACACUUUAAAUCUUAAAAAUAAAAGAUCUACUGAUUAUUCUGAUGGAUUUAUUCCAUUAGAUGGAAAUUCUUUUAAUUCAAAUAAUAAUGAAGAAUUAUAUGCUAUAAAAAAAGAUAUAAGUAAUAAUAACACCAACAUAAUCCUUUUAAAUGAAGAUGGUAUAAAUAUUCCCGUGGAAACUUUAAAUAAUUGUAAAAUAAUAAAAAUAAAAAAUAUAUCUAAUCCUAAUAUAAAUAUUAAUAAUACAUAUUUAUUAAAUGACAAAAAUUAUGAUAUUAGUCGAAAACAUAAAAAAAAAAUAAGAAUUUUAUUAUUAAAACAGAAUAAUAAUAAUAAUACUGUCAAUGAGAAAGAAUAUCAAAAAUUAAAAAAAAAAACUGAUUUAAAUGAUUUAAAAGAAAAGAUAAAUGAUACGUUUAAUCAUAUGAAAGAUAAACAAAAAGGAUAUUGUGAAUAUAUUAUAUUUAAUAAUGAUGAAAAGGAUUUUACUAAUGAAAAGGAUUUUUUGAGAGAACUUAAAAAAGUUUCACAAGUAUCAAUUUCAGAAGAAUUACCAAAGGAAUUCAAGCAUUUAAAAAAGACGAAGAUUUUAAAUUUUCCAAAACCCUUUGGACAAAACAAGGAAAAAAUAAGUUACCUAGAAACUAGCAUAGUAAAUGAUAAUAAGAAUAAUGGAGAAAAUUAUGAUAAUGAAAGUAAUAAUGUUCCAAAUAAUAAUUUAGAUGAAAAUUUUGAUGAAGAUUCAGAUGAAAACGAAAUUGAUACAGAAAAUAACAAUUUUAAUGAAAUUAACUUAGUCAAUGAAAAAAUGAAAGAAGAUAAAAAUUUAGAUAGUUUUAGUGAUGAAAAUGUUGAAAACAUAUCGAAUAGUGAACAUCCUCUGAUUAGGAAAAAGAAGAAUAUAAUAAAAAAUUCUCGUAAAGUAUACAAUUUAAAUUUAUACAAUUGUUCAUUCAUAGAUGAUUGGGAUUUUAACCAUGAAUACAUUGAUGAGGAAGGUAAAUUGGUUAAGUUAAGUGGAUAUAUUUUUCAAAAUAUUGUGAAUUCAGAUUCUAUGCCUACUACAAAUAUUACUGACUGGAAGUUAAAAGGUUCAUGUGAUUAUGAUAAAUAUAUAUGUGGUGCUUUAAAUUAUAUGAAUAAUUUAUACAGUAAAGGAGAAAGAGUUAUAUUUGAAGGGAAAAUAUAUGAAGCUACAAGUGAUGCUUAUGAAUCUCCUAAAGAUAAGGAAAACAUUUGGAUAGACAAAACAAGUGAUUGCUAUAAUUUUUAA